AUGACUGCCGUGAAAAUGGCUACUAUUCUAUGGGCACAGCGAAGCUCUUCCAUCAUCAAACAAAAGAACGUUAUCUACCUGACAAUAAAUAUUCCAGGGAUAAUACAUUCAACCGUGGAAUACAAUGUUACAGAGACCUCCUUUUCCUUGAAAGCCUACGCAAAAGAGUACCAAGACGAAGAGGUCAACGAAUAUCAGGUUGCUUUUGACUUUUAUGCGAAUGUUGAAACACAGGCAUUGAUCAAGCAGAGAACAGAAAACUCGAUAACAUUUGCCAUCUUGAAACGCGAUCUAACACUUCGAUAUUGGCCGCGGUUGUCUAACCUUGCACUGGAGAAUGUCAAAAUGGACUUCAGUCGAUGGACCUGGGAAGGGGACGAAUCAGAUGCCGAUGACAUCGACGAGAAUUGUGGUACUCGGAGGACCUGGGAAGCCGAUGAUCCCGACGAUGUAUCAGAUCCUGAAAGGACGGAGAUGGGAUAUAAUGGUUCAACGUCUGAGGAGGCAAGUUUCUUCUGGGUAUCAAAUAUGAUUUACAUACUCAGAAAACAACAACAGGUGGAAGAAUGCGAGCAGCUCGGGAUCUUUUUUGUAAACCGAUUUAUUAGUCUUCAGAAUCGCGACGAUUUGAACAUGGCAAUUUCCAAACUCAACAAGGCGGUUAACCUGACUUCCGACUGGCAACUGGAGAAACCGAGACGUCAACAUAUGCUAGCAUGCGCCUUUGCAGGUCGCUUUGAGAAUUGGGGUAACAUGGAAGACCUUGCCGCAGCCAUAGAGAUAACGGAAGAUGCGUUGGAAAGUCUUCUUUUCGAGAGAAGAGGGGAUCCGAUAGAUAUUGAUCGUUCUAUAUCUCUCCUCCGCCAUGUCGUGGACCACACCUCUGCUAAUGACUCUGAGCUCCCUAAUAGACUGAAUAAUCUUGGAACUUCCCUUUUUCGUCGCUUUGAAAGACUCGGAGAUCUUGCUGACGUUGAUUCUUCAAUUUACCAACACCAACUCGCUGUUGAACUGAUUCAUGAAGGCCACCAGGAUUUUAGCGGUUGUCACCAUAGCCUGGGCACGUCUCUUCUAUUUCGUGCUGAACGACAAGGAAAUUUCGAUGACAUCAAUUUAGCCAUACACCACCUAACCAAAUCAGUCGAGGCGGGUAUGCUACAGCAAUCCAACCAGGCUAUUUGUUUACAUAACCUUGGCACUUCGUACACAUGUCGAUUCCAAAUGAGAGGAGACCUUGCGGAUAUCGAUACUGCAAUAUUGCACCUUCAGCGAUCAAUCCAACUCACUGCAGCUGAUGACCCCAAUCUUCCUGGCCAUUUUAUCAACCUCGGUGUCUCUCUACUAUGUCGCUUUGAACGAACCAAUAUUCUCGCUGACGUCAAUUCUGCUAUUAAUCAUUAUACAAAGGCAGUGGAGCUGACGCCUGCUGGACAUCCUAAUCUUGGUGGCCGUCAUUCCAACCUUGGAAAUUCGUACAGAUAUCGUUUGGUUGCUUUGGGCGAUCGCAAAGAUGCUGAUUCCUCUAUUUUUCACCUCCACAAAGCGGUGAGCUUGACAGCGGCAGGUCAUGCUCAACUUCCACGCUUUCUUACAAACCUUGGGAAUUCGUAUAUGCAGAGAUUCCAUUUAUUUAGAGAUGUAGCUGAUGUCGAACACGCGAUAUCCUAUCACAAACAAGCGGUUGACCUCACAAAGUCUGCUACCGAUUCAGGCCUUCCUAGACGACUUAAAAAUCUAGGCAGGUCUUACCAAUCUCGCUUUAACCACAGUAGCAAUAUUGCAGAUAUUGACGUAGCAAUAUCUCUGUUUCAACAAGCACUAGACGUCACCCCUCAUGGGCAUGCUUCUCUUCCGGAAAGCUUCCACGACCUUGCAUUAUCCCGUCAAAAACGUUUCCAGAAGACCUUUGACAACACUGAUAUCAACUCCGCGUUAUCUCACCUUUGUCAAGGUGCCGAAGCAUCUGGUCCACCCUCAUCACGUUUUUCUUGUGCCAGCACUGCAGCAAUACUAUCACAGAGCUCUAACAUUGUCCCCAAUCCUUCGAUAUAUCUUUUCGGUCUUGCCAUCAGUUUGCUCUCAGAAGUUGCGGGGUUAGAACAGACCAUUCAACGGCGUCAUGCAAAUCUUCAACUUGAAGACAGCGCUGGUUUUGUCCCUCUAGGUGUUACUGCUGCAAUCGACAACGGGAGGCCUGACCUUGCUGUUGAAUGGCUUGAACAAGGUCGGUGCCUAGUUUGGAACCAGAUCGACAAGCUUCGUGCCCCACUCGACCAAUUGCGGAAUAAAGAUCCUGUCCUGGCCGACAGAUUCAUGCUCGUCGCGAAGACGCUGGACACUCUUGGACCGCGCUCCGAGACGAACAACAUGGCUUCUUCUAUAGAAGACGACAUACGUUGGCAAGAUCAAAUUCUACUCCAUACCCGUACUGCUGAGAAUUAUAAGGAGGUUCUUAGAGAAGUUCGCGACCUUCCUGGGCUUGAGGAUUUCCUUCAGCCAGCUAAAGCUACCAGCCUACUUGCAUCGUUACCUCCUGAUAGCGCAGUGAUAUUAUUCAGUAUAGGAACCGACCGCUGCAAUGCACUGGCGCUAACGGGUGGAUUGGAUCAGCCACUUUACAUCCCACUUGACAACUUUGACGACGAACUGGCAAGGAGCCUUCAAGGCACCCUUCAGGAUGAUAUCCAUAAUCAUCGAACGGCAAGGGAUCUCAAUCGGGGUGCUAUAGACCAUGUUGAUAGCUCCAUCGUGCUCACGCUGGAAGUAAUUUGGUACAAAAUAGUCAAGCCUAUCCUUGACGCGCUCAAAUAUACCAUUCCUCUCAACCGAGCCGAUCGUCCACGUAUUUGGUGGUGUCCUUCAGGCCCGCUCUCGUUUCUCCCGCUUCACGCGGCUGGCCUAUACAGCUCACAAAACCCGACAUGUGUGUCUGACUAUGUCGUGUCGUCAUAUACACCAACUGUCAGAUCUCUCAUCGAGAAAUUCCAAGCUUCCAAGUCUCCUUCACCUUCGAGAAGUAAAUCCGGCCUCCUCCUUAUCAGCCAGCCAAACACACCGGGUCUUCCGGCUAUACCAUCCACCAUACGCGAAACAAAAUCACUCAAGGCAAUGAUGGAUAAACACGGCGUGCGAACACUGCUGUUAGAACAUGACGAGGCCACUCGCGAGAAAGUCAAAGAAGCAUUGAACUCAUACAGUUGGGUACAUUUCGCAUGUCAUGGGGUCCAGGAUGCAAAAGAACCCCUCGAGAGCGGCCUUUGCCUCCAUGAUGGCCGUAUGGAUCUGCUUGAAAUUAUGAAGGAGCGGGUUCAGGAACCCCAGUUAGCGUUUUUGUCUGCUUGUCAAACUUCGACAGGAGAUUUUGCGCUGUCCGAAGAGGUGGUUCACCUGGCCGCUGGGAUGCUUGCCGCUGGAUAUCGCGGGGUGGUUGGGACGAUGUGGAGUAUCUCGGACGAGCACGGUCCAUUGUUUGCAGAGGAGUUUUAUAGGAUGGGACCAAACGGAUUGGACGGUAGUCUUGCAGCCUACGCCCUCGACCAUGCCACGUCGGUGGUUCGACAGAAUCUUGGAAAAAGUGAGCAUGGACUACUGAAAUGGGUUCCAUACGUACAUUUCGGAUACUAA